AUGUCACUGACGGCGGCGAUUCAGAGCGUCUCGGCGCUGGUCUCUUCUGCCAAGUCGUCUUCCUUCCUGGGGCAGGGCGUCGGGCCCGAAACCAGGUUUACAUCGUUGGGCAUUCCUGACUCUCCUCUCGCACGCUCAGGGAAAUCGCAGCUCUCGUUCCGUAACACGCUCUCGGGUAUGUCUUUCGCAGUUUUUCGAUGCCGCUGCUGCCGUCACGAAAGCUUUCCGUCUGCAAGUGUGUGUCCGCCGCGCCGCCCACCGAGCAGACUGGUCCUCUAUCUCUCUCUCUCUCUCUCAAGCACCCACCUUUUGUGUGAUUGGCAAUUUCAUUGCUGAUUGCAAGCUUCUCCUUCUUCUUCUUCUUCUUCUUCUUCUUCUUCUUCUUCUUCUUCGUCUUAUUCUGUUUCCUUGUUUCUCUUCCCUUUCUUGCUGUGAAGCUCAUAAGACCAAGGUGGCUCGGAAUGCGAACAUGGCGAAGCUCCAAGCUGGUUAUUUAUUCCCCGAGGUGUGUACGACCCUCUCUUUAUAACUCGGUCUCCUGUACUUAGGGAACGUCCAUCCCCAGAAGGUUUGAUAUUUGUUGCCAUUAACGUGAGUCACUAACUGGGCGAGGCCUGUUGUUUGGCCAGGGUUUUUCAAACGGAAUACGAAUAUAUGUUUAAUUUCCCUGAGAUAAUGGCGUUCCGCAAAAAAAAAACUUCUUGUUUUGGAGGAGUCCAUAGCCGUAAGAACAGAUUUGAUGGAUAUCUGUUGUGUUUUUUUUUGUUGUGAGAAGCACCAUAUUUAAGCGAAGCAACAGGACCCACUUGAUGCUCAAUUAUUUCACUGCUAUAUUGUUCAUAAUCCGACUCUUGGCCUGCCUGAUUGCCUUUGAAUUGUUCUGCCGAGUGGUGCCUAACUAGUUUAGUUUCUGUGGCUUUUCUUCUUGCCAACAGAUCUAUCAUUUGGUGAUGGUGUAGAUUUGUAUCGUUGCUCAUCUGUUGAUACUGAUCAAACGAGUAUGUGCAUAAAAAAUAUUUCAGUGGAUGGGUUCAGCCAACUCGUGAAAAGAUGAAAGUUUCAUGAUUCAUUGAUUUCAUCAGUAAUGACUCUGUAUUUUGAAAAAUACCACAAAAGCUGAGAAUUGAAUAGAUACUGCCUUCGCUUCUGGUUAACUUUUUUACCAAGCAAAUGUCUAUUCCUCUUCUUGUGCUUUGGUGGCUUCACUAUCUUAUCAUGACGAUUUUCGAUCUGUGUUUGUUCUUACUUUUAAUGGUUCGCAUGAAAUCUGUCCUUGUUUUUGAAGAAAAUUUGCUCACUCAAAUUUGUAAUGUCAAAAGGAAAAUGCCUUGAAUCAUCUGCCUUAGUUAAUUGCAGAUUCAUGUUUCCAUUAAAGAUAUACUUCUUUGAAGCUUGAAUCUCUCUAGGAAAGAAAAAUUCUGUGCAGCUGCCAAACAUGAAUAUCUCCUCUCCUCUACAGUUUGAAGCUUGCAUUCCGUGAGAAAAAAUCUUUAGCUACGCUCAAAUCUUUAUUCAACAUGAUGUCUCUUAAGGGAUCAACAAAAUCUCAUCCCCUUUCAUCUUUGUACUUGUUCAUGUUUAAAUAGUGAAUUCUGCCAAUAGUUAGUGCUUGUUAGUCUAACUGGGCACUGGCUUUGAGGGCAUUGGUCUCACAUAGUACUGAAUUAAGACAAUUUAUGUUUUUCGUUGCUUCUUUGCGAGCAUCUUGAUUUUGCAGCUGUGAAGAGUGAAGUACAUUGUGUUUAAAUUAAUUCCAUAUUCUCUUAAUUUCUAGAGGCAUAUAUGUAUAUCUGCUGGAAUGCCAUUUGGCCAUUGAUUAAUGUGGACGAUGUUUCAAUGUAGAUGACCUUUGCCUUUGUCAUGACAUGGAAGAAAGAUGAAGGCAAACAUUUUGAGACUACGUCAGAUGACGUGAUGAUAUUUUUAGCUCUUCAAAUAAAUAACUGAAAUCAAAAGAUGCAUUUUCAGAAUGUCCAGGUCAUUUUAUUUCCUUUGUUUUUUAUUUCUCUUCUAUAGACUGAUGAGGAGUCUUAGGUCUGACUUUCUCUUCAUCUGAAACCCUUCGGAAUUCCAUUGAAAAAUCACAUAGCCCAGAAUGAGAGGCAAGACUUUAAUUUUUAACUCACCAUGAAAUUUGAAAUUCUGUAUGGGUAUUCCCGGAGGUUCAAUCAUUAGUUUCUCCAUUAAAACUUUUGGUCUUCCUUCGACAUUUGGUGGACUAUGUUGUAGAUUGGAUGGAAAUGUUUGGGAACUUGGAUUUCAUGUUGAGAGGCAAUUGGCAAAGUACUUGUUUCUGAAUGCUGAAGUUGGCGUCCAUCCAUACAAUUAGUGGGUCAACCUCCAUUUUCAAGGCAUCCAAAAUAUCCAGCAAAAAAUAGACCAUGUUACUCCGUUAUUUUCACUCCAUUUUCUUCGUCAUUGACCUGUAUCUUGUCCUCUCUUUUUUCUCUUUUUUUUCCUCUUUAUCUUCUAUACCAUUCUCAUCCAUCUCUUCUUCUCUGACAGACUUUGAUUGCCUCUUUCUAUCUUUGUCCCCCUAUUCUAUUCCGUUGAGAAAAAGAAGACUGAUAAGAGUCAUUGCCAGACUAAUAUCGGUUUGGAAAAUGUUAAUUAGAUUUCAUUCAAUCUUCAUGAGAUAGUGGAGUCUAAGGUUCCUUAAAUCUCAUGUGAGAAGUAUGAGCAAGGCAAUGCAAGAAGUCAUAUUCAGGGUCUUUUUAAUGAGAAAGCUUUGUGAUGGUGGUGUUCUCUAUUUAUACUUGCCCCAUGAUGUCUUUAAUGCAGUUUUUGCAGUGGCAUGAUGUCAAAUGGUUGAUGGGCAUUAAAAAGGCAACAUUGUAGCUUAAAUUAUAUCAGUGAUCACAUGGGACCUAAAAGAGUUUUGUAAAGGGUGCAACCAUGUCAUGAUAAUAAAUCUUUCUGAUGUAACACUAGAUCAAACAAAACUUGGCCAUAAAUAUUGAGGUCGUAAAUAUUUUAUGCGUCGUUUACUAAUCAAACAGAAUGAAAUAUGGAGGUGAUAAGGAACGGUGCUAGGGAGAUGACGACAAGUGUAGGAACUAGUACCACCAAAUCUUUUCUUAUUUCUACUUGCCAGGCCUAGGAGAGCAACACAGAUGUGAGCUCAACACUCAAAUCUCUUCUUACUUUCUCCACUAGGCCCAGACUCAUUCCUCUGUCUUGGAAUUGGUAUGGGCCAGAGGUGUCUUCUUCCCUUCUUUUUUCUGCAUUUCCUGCACUCUUUUUCUUCUGGCAUUUCUUUCAGCGUCCCUGCUUGUUUGCGUCUUGCUAAAGUUGUCCAUAGAUUGAAAUUCGUUGUCUGUUGAGGUUGGUUAUUGUGGAAGUAAUGGUAGUUUACAGGAAAGAAAAAGUGCUAUUAUUCCCUUCUGUGGACGCUUGCAUUGUCAUAAAUGAGUCCGGACAUAGGUAAUAGCUCUAUACAUGAUGUAGAACAGAUUGGUGGGAAAUAAGAGAGGCCAAAAAAGUGCAGCCAAGAAGGCUUGAAAUUGUAAAGUGUCAGAGACUCAAAUAGAAUUGUCUAGGUGGUUCACAGGCAUAAUGCGUUUUCUCUUUAUAGGCUUAAAAAUUGUUUCCUUUUGUCCUGAAAAUCUUAUCCAUUAGCAGACUUUCUUAUCACAUGCUAUAUGUUUUUGCCUACUUAUAGGGGACACACUGCUAUUCAAGAUGGUAUCUUUGACUCAUGAUGUUAUUUUGAUCUAUUUCUCUCUCUCCUCGUAGAUUCAAGAAGCCUCCUUUUUUGAUUCUUGUAGAUUCAAGGAUACCUAAUUUCGUCUUUUGUAUAUUCAACUUCCAGUCUUCUUUCUGGGUUCUGCUACGUCACUUUAUUUAUGUAAGAAUCUCAUUUUUGUAUUCAUUAUAUUAAAAGGACUGAAAAGGUUUCUUUUGAAAUAUUGACACUGUUGACACCAUUAUUUUCCCUUUUCAUAACCUUAAGUGGUUAUCAUUAUAAUCAGGUCGUGUGCAGUUCUGGAGAGGAUUAAUUGAAGAUGCAAUUUUAAGAUUAUAGGUUUUCAUGAUAUACCCCAUAAGUAGUAACCCGGGGAAAGUGGAAUCUACUUGCUUUAGCACUUACCUAUUGUAUGACAUAUUGUCAAUAUUAUUUUUACGCUAUUCUCCUUUAAUGUCUGUAUUUUUUUUUUAGGAUGUUGUUGUAUUGAGCUUAAUCUGAGUCCUAGCUGUUAAAUCGUAAUUGUAUUUAUUAUUUUGCUGAAUGCUGACCACAAAUUUUUCCUUUAGAAAAGAGGUGUUAUAACUGGAACUUCAUUUUUUUCUCUGAUGCUAGAUUGCAAGAAGGAGAUCAGCACAUAUUUCCAAGUAUCCUGAUGCAAAGGUGAUAAGUCUUGGGAUUGGUGACACAACUGAACCGAUUCCUGAAGUCAUAACAUCUGCUAUGGCUUUGGUAAUGCCAUCUUCCAUCCCGAUUUCUUUUUAUUUAUACAUUUUUUUUGGUGAUUUGAUGAUGAAUUCGAUAUUUAUUUUUCAUGAAAGAGAGGAAAUUAAUCAUGUGGAAUUGAAAAAAGUGUUAUUAUUUGUUGUUCCUUCAUAUAUUUUGAUAGAUAAUCAUUCCUCAUAUGAAACGGCUGCAGUACUUUCCUUAUCUUGUCUUGAAUAUUUGUGAAUGUUUUCGGUAAUGCUAUGCUUUCAGCCUUGAAGUAUUUUUAUGUAGUUUUCUUUGGGAUUUGAUCCUUUCAUGAAAGUGCUGUCACUUAUAAAAGAUAUGAAACAAAAUCUUAGGGGUUUAUUACAUUUGCUAAUGUUGCAAGCUUGCAUGAUGCAGAAUUUAUUUCGGUUAUAUGGCUGUUACAGUGUACUUCAACUUUCUUGAUGAAUAAUUGCUUACAUUUGAUGGAUUUAUCCACUCUAGGUGUAGAAUUGAAAUAUAUUUUGUGGGUGGAUGAGAUUUUUUCAAGUUGAAAGGUGCCUCUGUGUUUUUAAGUUUGGAGUGAAAAUAACCUGGUUAUUUUUAAGUUUUCAAGUUGAACCCUCAAUUUGCCAUUUGAUGUCGAGAAUAACCUGGUUGAUGGUUGAUGCCAAGUAAACCUUGGGAAAGUUAGAGACCUUCCAGUUCACAACUUACUUAGGGUUUGCCGAUUAGUUUCCCCUUUGUUCUGACUAAUACGAACCAAACAUUGUAGAUUCUAGGGAUGGAACAUGUUAGAUUUUUCCACGUCCAAGUCUGAAUUUUCUAAAUUAGUUUAUGUUAUGACAAACUUUUUAUACAGAUUUGUAUGAGCCAUAGCCGAGUUACUCUGAGACCUAACUGCAAUAGUUUGAUCUGACAUGAUUUUUCGUGUCUUGAUUCAAGUGGACGCGAACAUUUUAAAUUUAUUUGAGUUUUCUGGCCUUCCAACUCGGAAUCAACAGUGUAGAGUGGAGCCUGGGUCAAUAUUUGUGGCCAAAUGAGCUAAAGAUGUUGAAAAGCACAUGUCAUACGUUCUUGUGUAUUUCAUUUUCGUCCAUAGACAAGUGGAUCAAUUCUUAUUAUCUCACACUCGCAUGGUUAUGAAGAAUAUUGUCUUUAUGUUUUUUGCUUAUCCACUCUUAGUCUUUGUCUAUGGCUCUCGGAUGAAGCACUAGAACAUGAAAUGUUUUCGCAGUCCUUCAACCUUUUAUAUAUCCAUGAACAUGAUGCGAUGUCCCAGUGGUUUAUGCUCAUCAAGUUAAUAAAUUUAUCUUUUCCAAAACAAAACAUCGAAGAAGCAUUCAUUGUUGUUGUGACAACGGAAAUUGAUACUUUUCUUUCUUUUUUUAAGUAAAUAUAGUUGAGCAUCGUGUGUGCGAGUUUGAAGAUCAUUGCUUAAAACAUUAGAGUAUGAAGUUUUGAAGAUUUCUAUUUCAAUUUCAAUUAAAAAAAGGAAAGUCCAUUUGUGCAAUUUAAUUUUUUCUGUAACUCAGAAAUUAAUAGAUCUUUUGUUGCAUCCAAAUGCACUUAUGUUUAACUAAAACUUUUUGUCUACAGAGAGCAAAAGAAUUAUCAACUUUUGAAGGUUAUAGUGGUUACGGGGCUGAGCAAGGAGAGAAGGUUUGGACUUUUUGUUUGCUUUAUCUUAGAUAAAUUUGUCUUUGCGACUUGUCCAUGCCAUCAUAUUUUAUAUGCAUAUGUAUUGCAUCUGCCAUGAUUUGUGAUUUGUGGACCUUGGAUCCAUGAAAGGUACGGUGGAAAGAUUUCUUCUUAUUUACUCUAUAGUGACAUUAUGCUAGUUGGUGAUAGCUUUUGUGUUUCCCUCUCGCGAAAAAACUGGUUAACUAAAUUUGUUACGCUUGGAUUUGCACCAAAAACAUUAGCAGUUUUUAAUGCAAUAUGCCAAGAUAAAAAUAUGGUAAACUUACAUGAUAUCCAUCAGCAUUGUAACAAAUAUAAAAUCUUCUAGGACACUCCUUAUCAAGUUAGUUGCAGAUAGAAGCACUAGACACUAGUCACAUCUCAAGUUUGUGAAAUUGAAUAGGUCUAGUUCAAGAAGCUUCACCUUAAGUCUGUUACAUGAGAUACGGGAAACUAUCCAGGGAGCCGUAUUCAGGAUGUUCACGUUCUAGGCUCAGCUUAAAUUUUCGUGGUAAAACUAUCUAAAAUAUAAUGCAUUAUUGAGAUGUAGCGACAUCUUAUAAUCUUCUUCAUUUGUUAAUAUAUUUUGAUGCAUUAUGAAGCAGAACUCACCUACUAAUUGCUCCACCACUGGUGGGCCUUGACAUGGAUCUGUAAUAUAAUUCAACUCUGAUCAUGAUACAGUAAAGAAUAAGCGUUGAUAUUGAGGAGCCCUUGCCAUUAGCGGUCUACUGAAUCAUUUUUUUCCCGUUUAUGUAAAAAUUAUGGCUUUAGGGAAUCAUAUUACUGUUUUACUUUAUUUCUUUGUUUGUGUUGAACUUAAUAAACUUUAUUCUUAUUUUACUUAUGUUACUUGUGAUUGUAUAUUCACCAAAGUGAUAAAGAAAUUUUAUUUUCUGGAAUAAAACUUACAAAGAAACAAAUAGAACCAAUUUGUUUUUCAGCUAGAUCAUGGUCUUAUUUAUCAGCUUUAGUCAACUAAUAAGGAUCUUAUUGGUACCAAUUUUUCGAAUGCAUCCUAUGGUCAGUGCCUUGUUCAGUGUGAUAGGUGAAAAUUUUGUGACAAUUUCAUUAUUUAGUUUAACCAGAAGUUCGUAAUGAGGGAUAAGGAUCAAAAUUAUACUUAAUUGGAAGCUUAUAAUGGAGAAAUCAUAAAACUGAAUGUGGAAUUUUUACUAUAUGGCCAACCUGAUUCUGUACCGUUAAUGAAAUUUGGAGCCGAUUUCGUCAUUUAGUUUAACUAGAAGUUCAUUGUGAGGAGUUAUUAGCACAUACAUACUUCCGAAUGAGAAGUUUAUUAAGAAGUUUUCUUGCAAACAUACCCAACAGAGAAUUUGAAAUCCUUUGGUCAUUGUCUUUUCUUAAAUUAUUUUUAUUAGAGCCAGGUUUGCAUUUGUAUCCUUUACUGCACCAACAUUUGUCUUUUCUUUCUCUCAAGGUUAAAGCUGUAAGGUGAGUCGUCAAGCACACUCUUUUGCAAUGCAGCUCAUGCACUAAAAUUUUAUGAGAUUAAUUCGUCAAUUAAUCAUGGAAUACUCCCAUUGGACUAAUUGAGCAGAAAGAUAAAUACUACCAUGUGAGUAAACUUUCUAAUCUCUUUUCUGCAGAAACUGAGGGCGGCAAUAGCAUCAACCUACUAUAAAGAUGUUGGCAUAGAAGAAAAUGAUAUUUUUGUCUCAGAUGGUGCAAAAUGUGACAUUUCUCGUCUUCAGGUGGACUUUUUUAGCAUUUUUUAGCAUUUCUUGUACUUGGGCGAAAAUGCUCUACUAUGUCAUAGGGAAAAAUGAUAAUGCUGGCUCCUUGAACGGAAUAAUUUUCCUUUCUCUAGUUAUUUUGUAUGCAAUUUCUCGUGGAAUAUAUCUGCUUAUUCUUUAUUCAAAUGUAUUCAACUCUGAAAAGUUUUUUUUUUAAUGUUUUAAUUCUUCUAUUCUAUCUGCAGCUUCUAUUUGGAGCCAAUGUGAAGAUAGCUGUGCAAGAUCCAUCCUAUCCGGUAAAGUCUUUGUGGCUGCUUGUAUUAUUCCUUCUCUUACCUGUUUAUGAGACAGAAACAGGAAGAUUCUGCUCUCCAUCAAUUGAUUACUACGAACUUGUUCGCUAGUUUAGUUUCCUUAUUUUAGCAUUUUAACUCUGUUAAGAUUCAAAAUUAAGAUUAUUUUUUUCAAUUGGUCACUUAAGCACUUAAGCUCACAUCCUUGAGAAACGAUCUCAUUUUUCUGAAUAUGUUAUUUUAACCAUUGCUCUAAACUACAGGCGUAUGUUGAUUCUAGCGUCAUCAUGGGGCAGACUGGUUUAUACCAGAAGGAUGUCGAGAAGUUUGGAAAUAUUGAAUAUAUGAGAUGCACACCUGACAAUGGUUUCUUUCCUGAUUUGUCAAAUGUAUCUGAGACUGAUGUCAUCUACUUCUGUUCACCAAACAAUCCAACGGGGUCAGCGGCGUCCAGGGAUCAGCUGACUAAGCUUGUGAAUUUUGCCCGGGCCAAUGGAUCAAUCAUAGUGUAUGAUUCUGCUUACUCCAUGUAUAUCUCAGACGACAGUCCUCGCUCCAUCUUUGAAAUCCCUGGUGCAAAGGAGGUAAGCUCAAGAAAAUGUGUUCUUCACGUUUUAGGCAUAUGCUAGAGUGAAUAAUGUUUUAAUUUUCAAUGAGAAUGCUAGCGUUUGAAUAGUUUUCACUUCCUCUCGUACCCCACCUCGUCAGGGCUCCAUAUCUUCUCUGGUUUUCAGCGUUUUAUUUUUCUGGAUUCCUUCUUACCAUAGUUGCACUUAGUAUAUUAAUGAUCCAAAUUAAAAAGUAUUGUGGUGACGGGAUUCUGCUCCUGCCAGGAACACAAGCUGGCCAUGGAACAGCCCUCCUAUACUCUUUCAUUCUCACUUUCCUGCAGAGUUCUCGCAGGAAAGCUUACAAAGAAAUCUGUCUCAACCCCGCUUGAGGAAAGCAUGCAAAAAAAUUUAGUAACCACUUAGUUUGAAUUGGUGUGAGUAUAGCUCCGGAGAAGGAUGAUGCCCUCCGGUCGACUCAUGUCAACUUUAGACAGCGUACUUGGGCUGACAUGAAUCAGCCAAUGAUGUUGAAAGAUGAGGGGAAGCCACAUUUGCUGAUAUCUUACUGAUCAUAGUGCAUGAUUAAACGAGAAGCCAAAUUAUUUUCUGGACAUAGUCAAGUAUUUCUGAUCUUCCUAGACAGUUAUUUUGACAUUGAAUACUGUCUGUAAUUAGAAAUAUCUACAAGGAUCUCUUUCAUCCAGUCGUGGGUUAUUGUGUCCCAGGUGGCCAUCGAGACGUCGUCCUUCUCUAAGUUUGCAGGCUUCACUGGCGUCCGUCUGGGAUGGACGGUCGUUCCCAAGGAGCUGGUCUUUUCUGACGGGUUCCCCGUCGCCAGGGACUUCAACCGCAUAGUCUGCACCUGCUUCAAUGGGGCCUCCAACAUCGCCCAGGCAGGCGGCCUGGCUUGCCUCUCGGAGGAGGGUCUCAAGGUGAGGGUCACCAGGAUCAUCAUCAUCAUCAUCAUCAUCAUCAUCAUCAUCAUCAUCAUCAUCAUCAUCCGUUGACUUUUCCUUUCUUCUACCAAAAAAACCAAAAAUUCCUACUUCAGGCGAUGAACAACGUGGUCAACUUCUACAAGGAGAACACCCAGAUUAUCGUCAACACCUUCAGCUCUAUGGGCUUCAACGUGUACGGCGGACAGAACGCGCCGUAUGUGUGGGUGCACUUCCCGGGCAGGAGCUCGUGGGACGUGUUUGCUGAGAUUCUUGAGAAGACCCACCUGGUGACCACCCCGGGCAGCGGGUUCGGACCUGGCGGCGAGGGGUUUGUCAGAGUCAGCGCCUUCGGCCACCGCGAGAAUGUUCUGGAAGCCUGCCGGAGGUUGAAACAGCUGUACCAAUGA